AUGUUGGUUGACGCUCGCGAUCCUGCUGGCGGAAGUGAUCCUGGAGAGAAAACUCCUGACACCAGCAAAGGAGUCUCAGGAACGCAAGGAAGCACAGAUCAACGUCAGCCUAAUCAGCCUACUAAAUCUACCCUUUAUGAGGAAUUGCUGGCAUUGGAAGGAUUUGGUCCAUGCCCUACAACCGCGGAAGAAGAAGAAGACGCAUUGGCUCGUGCACUUUUACUGAGUGAGCAAGAGUACUUGGAAGAACUGCAAUAUCGAUAUGGCUCUGGAUCAGACGAUAGCAAAAUAAAUUGA